UAAUGACGCCCUCUGACGUCACUUCAGCACCGUAGAGGAGAAACAGCUCCUUCCGCUGGACCGAUGGAGCCGAACCUGUGAUCAUCCGAUGGAGCUCGAUAGGAUUCACGCGAAAUCAGACCGUGGGAGAAAGAGAUAGAGGAGAACGCGCGUGGAUAGUGCGUCUAACGCGGAGCUGAGAGGACAACAUCGCAUCCCGCCCGUCACCUGACAACGCGCGCGACAACAGCAACCCGCGGAGAUUCGCUGUGUUGAGGACCACCGCUGCUUCGGAGCGACUGUUCAGAGGUGUUCUUCUUCAGGGUGGGUGGGUAAAUAAGCGGGCCACCCCACACCUUCUGCCCCCAUGGCUUGUGUCCAUGAGCAACACGCCCCAUCCCCCUCCCUCUCAGGGUUCAGCACCCCUCUCUCCGAUCCCCCUUUCUGUCGGCCGGAUCCCGAGGUGCCUGCAAGCACUCCGGACACCGAACUGACCCCGACCCAGUGCGUUCUGCGCAACGUGCUCUCCAUCGAUCCCGUCGGGGGUGGGAGUGCCAACCACACCCAUAGCAACAGCCCCACCCUGAGCGACGAGCCCGCCAACUUCUCCAAUAGCGUGCUGAAGCUACAGGAGGGCGGAGCUGAGGGCGGAGCCGUGCGCAACCAGUCGGACAGCUUCAGACUGCAGGCGGGCGGCGGGGGCUUCCUGGAGGGUUUGUUUGGAUGUUUAAAGCCGGUGUGGACGAUGAUUGGCAAGGCUUACUCUACAGAGCACAAGCAGAGUCAGGAGGAAUUGUGGGAGGUCCCGUUCGAGGAGAUCUCGGAGCUGCAGUGGGUGGGCAGUGGGGCGCAAGGGGCAGUUUUUCUGGGCAAGUUCCACGGCGAGGAGGUGGCUGUGAAAAAAGUCAGAGACAUCAAAGAGACUGAAAUCAAACAUCUGCGCAAACUCAAGCACCCCAACAUCAUCACCUUCAAGGGCGUGUGCACACAGGCUCCGUGUUACUGUCUCAUCAUGGAGUACUGUGCUCAGGGACAGCUGUAUGAAGUGCUGCGAGCCGGCAGAAAGAUCACACCGUCACUGCUGGUGGACUGGGCCAUGGGCAUCGCCGGAGGAAUGAACUACCUCCACCUUCACAAGAUCAUCCACAGAGAUCUCAAAUCACCAAACAUGUUGAUCACACACGAUGAUCUGGUGAAGAUCUCAGACUUCGGCACGUCUAAAGAACUCCGAGAUAAGAGCACCAAGAUGUCAUUUGCUGGCACCGUGGCCUGGAUGGCACCCGAGGUCAUUCGAAAUGAACCCGUGUCUGAGAAAGUGGAUAUCUGGUCAUUUGGUGUUGUGCUGUGGGAGAUGUUGACCGGUGAGAUCCCGUAUAAAGACGUGGACUCCUCCGCCAUCAUAUGGGGCGUCGGAAACAACAGCCUGCAGCUUCCACUUCCAGAAAGCUGCCCGGACGGAUUCAAGAUCCUCCUCAGACAGUGCUGGAACUGCAAACCCAGGAACAGGCCGUCAUUCAGACAGAUUCUGUUGCAUUUGGACAUCGCCUCUGCAGACGUGCUGUCUACACCACAGGAGACAUACUUCAAAUCACAGGCGGAGUGGCGUGAGGAGGUGAAGCAGCACUUUGAGAAGAUAAAGUCUGAGGGAACGUGUCUUCAUCGUCUGGAUGAAGAGUUGAUAAACCGCCGUCGAGAGGAGCUCAGACACGCUCUUGACAUCAGAGAACACUAUGAGAGAAAACUGGAGAGAGCUAAUAAUCUUUACAUGGAACUGAAUGCCGUCAUGCUACAGCUGGAGCUCAAAGAGAAAGAGCUGCUCCGGAGAGAACAGUGUCUGGACAAGAAAUAUCCCAGCCUCUUCAAACAUCACCCCUCAACCACAGUAGACAAACUCAUCAAGAAGCGAAGUGUCCCGCAGAAACUGCCCACCCACGGCAAGAGGCCGGAUCUCCUGAGGUCAGAGAUCAUUCUGCCUAAGAUGGACGCUGGCGUGCUCCAGGUGAACGUCCCACCCUGUGCCAAACCCACCUCGCCGAGCCGCGCUCGCAGGGUGAAAACACGCCACCGGAGGAGCGGCCGAGGCAGCAGCGGGGAUCUCUCAGCCGCCAAACAUUCAUCUGCCCCUCCCAGCCGAGAGAGAGAGCCCACCCUGCCCAGCGCCCCCACGCCCGCUCCACCCCUCGUCGAAACAGCUCCAGGGACCGCGGCGGGGGAGGGUCAGCUGGAGCCGCCCCCGUUAAAGCUGUCCUCCUCCAGCCCCGAUCUGCUGUGCUCCACCCGCCGCGUGGAAGACGGGGUCAGCGGAGCCGUCGCGACCGAAGCCCUGGGCGGAGAAACGGCGGGUGGGGCCGAAGCCGGGGCGGGCUUAGAUGAGACUCCGCCCAGAAGUGACACGGCGAGCGAGGACGCGGCUUCGCUGCCGUUCUCCAGCAGUCCUGACUCGCCCUGCUGCGGCAGAAGUGGAGCUGUGGGCCGCGCUCAUGCAGAGGAGAGAGAGGAGGGCACCGGAGCCAUUCGGUUACCCAGAGGAUCCAGCGGAAGUCACCUGACCCCAUCUGCCAUCCUGUACAGAGCUGCCAUCACACGCAAACAGCGGCGUGGCGUCUCAUCUGAAGAAGAGGAGGGUGAGGUGGACAGUGAGGUUGAGUUACCAAGACGACGCCGGCCAACCAGUAUCACCAAAUGUCAGUCAGUGUCCACCUUCAGUUCAGAGAAUCUGUCCGUGUCAGAGGGGGAGGAGGGUCACACCACUGACCACUCCCACAGCGGCACGCCCGACGUGGUCAGCACCAAUACAGACGAGCGUCUGGAUGACCGCAGCGAUGACCUCAUCUCUCAGGGCUCAGAGAUCCCGGCUGACAUCACCGAGCCUACGCUGUCUGAAAGAGAAGCUGCCGCCCUCGAGCUGGAGAGAGCCAACUUUGACCUGGAGCAAAACAUCCUGGAGACUCGUGCUCUGUGUGAGGAUUCGGACUGUGACAGCGCUGAACUGGACCAGUCAGGGAGCGGAGAGCCCAGUCGUCCACCGAGCGCCGGAGGCUGGGGUCAGGCCCCUCAAAACUGAACCAGCACACACGCUGACUCUCACUGACACCCUGCCGAGCUGACCAACACAACACAACCGUGUAAAAAAGAAGAAAUCCUCGGGUCAAAACAAUGUUGUGAUUGUAAACUGCCUCAUGACCAGGGCAUCGCCACGGAAACAAACUCAUCAGGAAGAACAUCUCACCAUCGGUCCCGUGAGCUAUAGCUGUGUUUGUCUUGUUAGAUUCAUUUGUAGUGCAGAUACACACGAGCGUUCGCGUGCUAAAGAUUCAGUGUGUAGUGUUUACAUGGGGACUGACUACACAACACUAUAUGUACAGGUACAAGGUGCACGUCUCAUAUGACCGUCAUGCCCUGAAUAUCAUGUAAAUAUACAGUACAUUUAGGACACACACACUGUAACUCACGACCAUAAAGAGGGUUAAAUGUAAAUGAUUGUCCUGAUCCGACGUGAGUUCAGGCCACAGCAGAUGUGUAUCACACUGAACACAAAAGUAUACAAACACGCUGCCACUGUCCACGCUUCCGUUACCUCUUCUCUACUUUUUCUUUACUAGGGACAUGCAAUAUGUACAUCUCAACUGAUUUUAAAGAAGCACUUUUAUUUUCUGUACAAACAAAGGAAAAACACAAACAACAAUAAUAUUUAAAAAAAAAAAAUAUGUAUAUGAAUUUUAGCUUGCAAGAUGUGUAAAGUCCUGAAGAUGCAUGAUAUACAUUUUUAUGUAUUUUAAUUUUUAAAUCAAUUGUUUUUAUACAUCUAAAGAAAUGUUUGCACUUUUUUUACCUUGAAUGUGUAAUAACGUUGUGUUGCUUGUAGGCACUUUACAGUAGGAUAUACACGAUCAAAUAUUGUAUUUAUGAUACGAUAAUAAUGAGAGAUGCCCAUCUCCAGCGUAUGUUAUUAAGACAUGUUUUAAAGAAAUACCGUAAACCACGUCACCUUUCUUUUUUAAGCCAUGACUUUAGGUGUAAAUGGAGCUUUAUAUGCAGGGAGGGGUAAAGAGUAAGUGUACAAAUGUAAAAAGUGGACAAUUAUUCAAACUAUUGGAAGCCCUGUUGUGACUGAAUUAUGAUCGUUCAAAUUCUGCGAUUGGUUUACAUGGAUGUAGACAGCAAUAAUCUGACUAUGACAGUAAUCUGAAUCUGAAAAACAUAUUUCUGAUGAUUGUGAUGAUGGACACAUUUGGAAUAAGCAUGACUGAACUGACAUGUGGACUAUUUUAAUCGCAUUACUGCAGAAAUGUAAACUCUUCUUGUACAGCAAGAUCAGAUCGCUUGACAACACCUUUUACCUUCCAAUGUUUGUGAAAAUAAAAUAUAUCAGUAUAAAAUCA